AUGGCCUCUGAUAUCAGCCUAUUUCACACAAUCUAUAAGACCUCCUACAAAGCUCCUGUUCCCCUUACAGUUGAUAGCAAAGAAGACUGGUCCCUCCACAAGCUCCUCUGCAGCCGGCUCGCUGCCUUCUCCACUCCACCUGGCACCAAUUUCCGGCGCGCCAUCUACCUCCCAAUCCACGAGAAAGCGCCCAAAUUCGUCUGGGUACCUGUCGAGAAGAGCAGACUCUGGGAUGGUGAAAUACAAGAUGAUGACGAUGCGGAUUUUACCGAGUGGCUAGGAGAGAGGAGGUUCGGCUUUAGAAUGAUGAAGAGGAAUCAAGUGCGCAAUAGAGAGCUAGAAAAUGAGAUACAGUUGACGUUUAAGGUGACAGCUUACGGAAGUUUGGGGAUUCCGCCGCUGGAGGUUAAUGAGUGCACGGGGCAUGUUGCGAAGGGGAAGAACAUUUCGCUGUGGCGGGGACCGAUACUGGCCAUGAAGAUGGUUGGAAAGGAUUCUGAGCUGUACGGGCACAUUGAUAUGGAGGAUUUGAGAGAUCUUGCGGAUUUCUUUACGGUGACAAAUGCCGUUAUGGAGAUGUGA